AGGAGCUCUGUGAGGGCCGUCAGACACAAAACAGCUGGAAUUUAUCACCUCUUGUAUAAAAUUCCACACGAAAGGUCAAAAGUGCGACCCAGCGAGAGAGAGAGAGGAGGGGGGGCAGCACCGAGGGGACCGAGCCUGUAAGUAGGCUGUUUAAAUUCAUAAAUGGACUGACCACAAGAACCAGGGACAAGCCUCCUCCUGUCCCUGCAAGUAAGAGAACUGUUUGCAACUUCAUCUGAAUCCCACGGGCUCUGUAACCAUCCGCACGCGUGCCAUACCGGCUUGUGGAUUCCUGGGACUUUUUGGUAAAUCUUUAUUUUUUAUUUUUUUAUUUUUACUCGCAACCCCGAGCAGCUCCCAGCGCCACACUGCUAGAUGUGACUGUAUGAGAAAAAACUUUAAGUCCGGGCCAUGCUGCAGUGACUCGAGCCAGCAGCCUACAGGAGCUCGCGAUCAACUUGUAAACAGCGGAGGAGGGAUGCUUGGAAAAUAUUUCUAAUACGGCCGGAGAGCGGAGGAGAAGAGAUCUGUUCCUGUCACUCGAUCGAGCAGAACCGAGGACUGUAAAUCACAGGGAGGCAAGUGGGCUGCAGAGGUGAAGCGAGGACAGGACAGGUUGGUGGUUCCAAAUUCACUGGGCUCGAGUUUCAAGCACCCCGGGGGGGGGGCUCCUGGUAUUAAAGCGUGCAUUUGACCUGGGAUAAGUUGUCAACAAGAGCAGGGAGCGGAGGCGAACUGGCAGGUGUACAAGUUCAUUUACAUGCAGAGGUAUAUUCACGCCACUAUAAAUAGAAGUUACUUAGGGACAAACAACCUUAAUAAGUUUUCUACCCGCUUGCUGGCCCUGCAGUAGCCCCACGCACCGGGCGUGUGCGUGUGUCUAUUUAUACACCAUACAACCUUUUAUCCCUCUCCACAAUCUGUAUCCGAGAGGACUGCCCGCCGUCGGUUUGGCUGUGAGGGCAGGAGUCGUCGCAUGGACUGACAUGGCCACCGACCUCGCCAUGAGCGCAGAGCUGCCCAACAGCCCUCUGGCCAUCGAGUAUGUCAACGACUUUGACCUGAUGAAGUUCGAGGUCAAGAAGGAGCCGCCGGAGGCCGACCGCUACUGCCACCGCCUCCCGUCGGGCUCCCUCUCCUCCACCCCGAUUAGCACCCCUUGUUCCUCCGUGCCUUCUUCGCCCAGCUUCUGCGCCCCGAGCCCGGGCGCGCAGCCGAACCAGGGCCUCGCCAGCGGCGUCAGCAGCAACGGCAGCAGCAACAACAGCGGCGGCAACAACAAUCACAGCACCGGGGGGAAGCCCCAGCUGGAGGACCUGUACUGGAUCCCCAGCUACCAGCACCACAUCAAUCCGGAGGCGCUCAACCUGACGCCGGAGGACGCGGUGGAGGCCCUCAUCGGCAACGCGCACCACCACCACCACCACCAGACCUACGAGGGUUUCCGCGGGCAGCAGUACGUUGGCGAGGACCUCUCCGCGGCCUCGGCGGCCCACCAUCACCAAGCGCAUCACCACCACCACCACCACCACCACGGCCACCACGCCCGCCUCGAAGAUCGCUUCUCGGACGAGCAGUUGGUCAGCAUGACAGUGCGGGAGCUGAACCGGCAGCUCCGAGGCUUCAGCAAAGAGGAGGUGAUCCGCCUGAAGCAGAAGAGGCGCACGCUCAAGAACCGCGGCUACGCGCAGUCCUGCCGCUUCAAGCGCGUGCAGCAGAGGCACAUGCUGGAGACCGAAAAGUGCACCCUGCAGAACCAGGUGGAACAGCUGAAGCAGGACGUGGCGCGCCUGGUCAAGGAGAGGGAUCUAUACAAGGAGAAGUACGAGAAGCUGGCCAGCCGGACCUACAAUGCCGGCGGACCCGCGAACACGAGAGAUCCGUCCGGGAAACAAGCUAACGCCGAGUUCUUCAUGUGAGAGGGGCUGCUGACCUGUAGCGCCUCACGCAGACAUUCAUUCACGUUUGUUCUUCUUUUCUAUUUUGUUUACACUUUUUUCCUCCACUCACAAGACUUAAGCAGUAGCCGUGCACGGACGCGAUUUUCAGUCUUAAACAUGUUUAGGCGAAACUUCUGUAAGAAUGCCGCAGCCUGUCAGGUGGGCACUUGGGAUCACUGUUAGCCUGUAGACUUUUAUUUGUGUAUCCUCCGGUGCAGCAGAAGCUAAUCACGAGUCUUACUGAACUAAUAUGACACGUGACUGUCUUAACUCAGAGAGAGCAGCGGGGUUGGUCUUAAAAACGAGGCAAAUGUGUUCUGUUUAAAGGGGGAAAAGUCUGAAUGAACUGAAAAGAAGAAGCAAUACACCACCGGCGAAGAAAGACUGUUUAUAAGCCUGUAAUGCAGAGACUUUUCAAUAAUGCAAGUCUAAUAAUCCCCCCAUCCCCAUUUGCAACCCUGCAUGCAGGACAUGUAUGGUAACCUCUCCCCGAAUCUUCCACGUGUAUGGAAAGCAUGGCCCACGGUUCGCAUCUCCUCUUCCUCCUCUUUCUCUGCCAUCAGUAAGGCCUGGGUAUGCGGAAAAAUAAAAAGCCAAUGACCCCCUCUUCCAUCCUACACCCCGAGAGGUACAAGGAGAGAAAAAAAUGGAGAACAAUCUGCUGUAGUGCGUAAAAACUGGAUGCGUCUUUAACUGCUAUUUUCAAUCAAUUUUUCUAUUGUUUUAAAAAAGAAAAAGAAAAAAAACACGACAAAAAGAGAUUAACUGAGCCAGAUUUUAGACUGUAUUUAUUUCCACCUGUACAUACUGUGUAGAGAAAAGCAGUAACCUGUGUUAUUUUACCCUCUCCCUCUUUCUCUCUUUUUAAAACAACAACUUGCUUUUUGUUGCUUGGAUUCUUCGAAAUGUCUUAAAUACAAAUGUUUGUAUGUAACAGCAUGCAAAUCGUCUAUGAUAUCCUCGUCCUCCUUCUACUGAACAUGUGUAAUGUUAAACUGCACUAAGAAGAGAUCAAACUGGACAUUUUGUUUUCUACUCAUAGGACCUUUUGAUCUGUUUAAAAAAAAACAACCCUGGAUGUAAAUUCUGUGAGAGGGAAACCCUCGGUUAUUACAUGGACUGCAUUCGCUGCUAAAAUUCUAUGCACCAACCCGACGAUUAAAAAAGACUUAGGGUUUCUUUUAUGUUUCUUUUCUUUCCUUUUUUACGUUUAAUAUUGUAAUCAAACGUCUUGCAGGGGCUGUGGGUUUAAACUGCAGUCUUAAUGAGCGCUAAUAGAAAAGUCUGAUGGUAGAGCUUCCUGUUCUUGGAGUAACUCCAUGCAUUAUUCUGUCAACAAGAAACCCCUGGUUCCUGCUACAUAGAUAUAUGUGCAAUAUUGUGCAGAAGUGCCCGAUGCACAGACUACCUGUUGGAGGGCGAACCGUGCAGGGAGAGAGACUGGAAGUGUUUGAUCAGGAUGUCAGGGCAAAACAACAACAAGCUGAAGAGAAAACUGAGAAAAAUGUGAUUCUUCCAAUUUUGUAUCUUUUUAUGGGAACCAAAAAAGGGGAGAUAUACAAUACAAGUCGAUUCUUGCGAAUUAUUAACAAAUUAAGCAUUUCCAGUAUGUAGACAAACAUCAGAUUCUAUCCACCUAUCUUUCUUAUUUUAAUUAGAUUUUUUUUGUCUUUUGUGUAAAUCUCAAUUUUUCUCAUAUUUACCGAAAGCAACAAGAGCUUCAAAAAAUGUGAAGUUAAAGAACGCGGGGAAUAAAUGCAAAACAACUUCUGCACAGUGCUGUAAAUUUAUAUCUGUACAUAUGAUUUCUAUAUUUAUUCAAUGAACGUGUCCUGACUGUCAACAAGUGAAAACCAUACAAAGUGGAACGUUGUUGAGAAUCUUGUUUUCAUAAUGUUUAAUAAAAAGUUCUGUCCCAAA